CUUAUUUACUACGCAGAAUGUUAGAGCUGUCUGUUCCAUGAUCCUGGCAAAAAAGGCGCCAGAAAAACUGGACCGGAGAUGCGGCCUCCAUUCUGUGGAGAAUUUGGGCCGACAGUUGCUGUGAUGAAGUCCAUGGGCUCCUCUAUGUCUCCAGAGAUUAGCUGUGGCGGCAGCAAGAUGGCCUUAUGAGGGAGUUAAAGGCUUCCUGUUCUACAGCGCCUCUCUCCUUGGAUGGGUAAGCGGUUACUGGGUAUCAUUUUGACAUUCCCGGUUUCCUGCACGUUCCUUUACUUGUCGAGGCUGCUUCUACAAGGACCUCCCUUGAAGCUGCUGCAGCGCGGCACCAACUCGAAGCAGACAUCCCCACUUGGUGGACUUGUGUGGGCAUCCGCGCCAGCACUGCCCUAUGUGUCACUGGCUCAGCAGAUGGCACCACCUAGCCCAAGCAACAGUACCCCUAGCAGCAGCAGUGGGAGCAAUGGAAAUGACCAGCUAAGCAAAACCAACCUGUACAUCCGGGGAUUGCAACCAGGCACUACUGACCAGGACCUUGUUAAGCUGUGUCAGCCAUAUGGCAAGAUUGUGUCCACGAAGGCCAUCCUGGACAAGACCACCAACAAAUGCAAAGGCUAUGGCUUCGUGGACUUCGACAGCCCCUCGGCAGCACAGAAGGCUGUCACGGCGCUGAAGGCCAGCGGUGUGCAGGCACAGAUGGCGAAGCAACAGGAGCAGGACCCCACCAAUCUGUACCUCUCCAACCUGCCCCCGUCCAUGGACGAGCAAGGACUGGAGGGGAUGCUGAAGCCCUUUGGCCAGGUGAUCUCCACCCGGAUCCUCCGAGACAGCAGUGGGACCAGCAGAGGGGUUGGCUUUGCAAGGAUGGAGUCCACAGAGAAGUGCGAAGCCAUCAUCACCCACUUUAAUGGAAAAUACAUUAAGACACCCCCCGGAGUGCCAGCCCCGUCCGAUCCUCUGCUCUGCAAGUUUGCCGACGGUGGGCCAAAGAAACGACAGAACCACGGGAAAUUUGUGCAGCAUGGACGAGCCUGGCCCAGGAAUGGAGACUUGAGUGGUAUGGCCUUGACCUAUGACCCCACCACAGCUCUUCAGAAUGGGUUUUAUGCAAGCCCCUACAACAUCACUCCCAACAGGAUGCUUGCUCAGUCGGCGCUGUCCCCGUACCUUCCAUCUCCUGUGUCUUCGUAUCAGAGGUUGACUCAGACUUCUCCUCUACAAGUACCUAACGCGUCUUGGAUGCACCAGCAGUCGUACCUCAUGCAGCCUUCAGGUUCAGUUCUGACAGCAGGCGUGGAUCACCCCCUUUCUCUGCCCCCUGCCUCCAUGAUGGGACCUCUUACCCAGCAGCUGGGCCACCUCUCCCUCAACAGCCCAGGCACGUACCUGCCGACGGCUGCCGCUAUGCAAGGCGGGUACAUCUCCCAGUACACCCCUGUGCCUUCGUCCAGUGUCUCCGUGGAGGAGAGCAGCGGGCAGCAGGCGCAGGUGACGGUGGACACGCCCUCAGACCACGGCCUCUACUCUUUCCAGUUCACCAAGUAACGCUGGGUAAGAAGGACACACCGACGGUUCUCCUGUUUGUCACUCUCUCCCUGACCCUCUGGCCCCGUGGGAGCCGUGCCCUCUUGGCUGACUAGACACGAGUGCUUGCGAUGGUGAUUUUCUCAGACUCCAGAAGGUUCACCAGGAAUACAGACCACGGCCCCCAACUAAUGCUUAACCAUCACUUUUCCCAAGAAAGGCCUGGGCCUGAAGGAAAAAUCCAAAACAUCUUUAUCUAUGCGCCUGCCCCUUGUGACACCCAAGAAACUUUCCUUCCUUCCUUUUGGCAAGGAAAGUUUUCAGUUUUGUUCUGUUUUCUCUCAUUUUUAACCGCCAUAUACGCUUCCCCUAGCCCAGAGCAGCGUGGUGGGUGGUGGCUGAAACCUCUGCCCGGCCAUCGGAACAGCAUGUUUUAAUGUAUGAGGCGUCCCUGGGGGGCUUUAGAAGCAAUGACCUGUCUUUUAAGAAGAAACCAGGAAGGUGUGAUACUAGAACCCUGGAGAAGGGGUGCUGUGUGCCCCUGGGACUGCGCUCAGGCUGAUGGCCCUUGCUCUGUGUGUCUGCCUGAGAAAGUUACCGGCACGUAGCAGGUGACCUGGAAGGCGCGGGGCUCCCGGCCGGGUUCAUGCCCCUUCUCCCCUCUCAUCCACAUUGUUGUGUUUCUCUUCCAUACAGCAGAGCCUGCCUAUUUUGCCUUUUGACAAUUUUUCAUUUUGUGGAUUUAUAUUUUCUUUUUCUUUUUUGAAAUACAUUUCCUACGGACUUUUGGAGGCUGGGCAAGGCACAAAGUGGAACAGUGCAUGGGCCAGGAGCGUGGCUUGGCCUUCUCCGGGAGAGACACGAGCCUUUGGCCUCAGGAAGCGGAAAACCACCGAGGCCCCUGAGAGAGACAAUCCCACAGCCUGGGGAAGCCAGCCCUACCUUUGAGCCAAAUUCGGAUGAAGACUAGGCCUCCCCCGAGAAUGGACUGCUGGUGACUUCAGCUGUAGCUCUUCAGGAGGACUUGCCUUUCUGCCGCCUGGAGGCUCGCUCUUGCUCCUGUCCUGGUUCCCACAGCCGCUCUCUUCCCCACUCCCCAUGGCCCUACCCAGAGCCGGUGCAGCUGUGACCUGGCUGAAGCCAGGUGGCGGGGCUGUGGGAGCAGCACUUUCCCCUGGAGACCAGUGAGUCUCGGCUGGAGGGAACAGAGCCCCUCCAAGGACAUUUGGCCACAUCUGGAGACUUUUUGCUUGUUAUGCCUUCGGGGUAACCCCCGCAUCUCGGGAGCAGAGACCAGAGAUAUUGCUCACAUUCUCAGUCAGCGUGGCGGCGGCCACAACACAGAAUGAGCUGCCCACGUCAGCCUCGCCAAGGUUGAGAAACCCUGAUAGAGACAAUGUGGUCCCUACCCCGUACAUGGUAAACCGCCACCCCUGGACACACAGUGCCUUUUGACACAUGCAGUUCGCUGGGACAGAACGGGGUCCUUGAGUUCUCCCUUGGAUUUGACCGUUGGCACCUCUGCGCCUAAGAGCUUUUGUCCUUGCUGUGUGUGCCGGUGUCACCUGGGGCAUGUGGUGUGUGUGUGCCGUGCAGAGAUGGGAAAGGACAAAGCUCUCUCUCACUGUCCAGUGCGACCGGCCUUGCCCUGGUUUUGUUUGGGCUCCUUUCCAGGGGAGAAAUCAUUUUCCUUCUAUGGAAGGAUAACAGGGAGACAGGCUGGAAAAGGACAAUAAAUUCCAUUCCAUGGUCAGGAGUCUCCGGGGGAAAAAACCUCCAUCUUGUUCCCAGGCCAGUCUCCUCUUGUGAGACCAGACUCCAUGCACAUGGAGACAGAUGGUAGAAGGCCUUUGUCCUGCUUUUAGAACAUACACGCUUGGACCUGUCUUCUCCCAGGUGCCCCCUCAUCCACUCAAAUGGGGUUGCUGCCCUCUUUCACGUCAAGGAAGAAGCCUUGACAGAGCAGUUGUUAGCACUUGACCGCUAACCUUCAAGGUCAGCAGUUUGAAUCUAUCAGCUGUUCCUGGGAGAAAGAUGUGACACCCUUGCCGCCAUGAAGAUUUACAGCCUUGGAAACCCUGUGAGGCAGUUCAAAUCUGAGUCAGAACUGACAUCGCGGCCACAAGUUGGGUUUAGUCACCACUAGCCGUCAGGACAGGCAGCAGAGGAACCCGGAGAAGAGGUGGCCGUUAGGCCCAAGGGAGGUGGCACAAGUGGGAGAGCUGCAGAGCUACACCCACCCCAGCAUUGAGUCCCAAAGCUCCUCCCCCCAGACGGAUCCUUUGUGCAUCCUGCGGGAAGUCAGGGCCGUGGUUAGGACAAAAUGUAAAAGACAGAAAGCCACUAUUAAGUGUCCCAUGGGUGCUUCCAACCUCAGCAAGGGCUCAUCCAAUGCAAAAAAACAAGCCCGGUAACAGAAGGCUUUGGUUGGGAAGACGGCUCUGGCCCUCAGUCAAGAAAAGCACACCAUAGCUACUUUCUUGUGAGUGGCCUUUAAGACAGAGAACGAAUUCAGAAUCCCGUUCAUUUGUGAGACUGGGGGAGCCUGCUUUGCUGGCUUUAGGGCAGUGCGGACUUUGUGUAUAUAGACACUCCUGUUGUUACUGCAGCCCCUCUUUGCCUGCUGCACAGACCUCCCGUAUCUGCCUACGUUCCCUGUAUUUAAAAAAAAAAAAAAAAUCCUUAAAAUGGCCAUGAUCUUUUACAAGUUACUAUUUGUGUGUUUCUCUCCUGUGGAUCUUGUUGGUUGGAUCCCACUGUCUGGCUUGGGCCUAUGAAGUGAUGGGGAACCUGGUUAUUUCUGUAGUGAGUGGCUAAACAGCACCGAAGAAUCUCUUGGUGCUUUGAGGUUACACUCAUAUUUCCCAGAAAGACGAGACCCUCGAUACCUGUAGUCCCAGUCUUGGACACUCAUAGGAGCCCUUUUACCUGGUCCUGUAGGGUCGCUUAGGAGUCAGCACCGAUUCGAUAGCAGAGUUUGGGUUUGUAGUAAUUAAUUUCUAACAGAUUGAAGAGAGGCGGGAGAAGGAACGAGGGACACUUUAACCAUGAUGUUGCCUAUUGGUGGGGAUGGUGGCAGGGGAAGAGAACUCCAAAAUUGUAAGGGAGCCCAUCUUCCAGUUCUCCAGCCUGGGAUGGGGUCUUCAAAUGAUUUCCCUCAGGGCUGUGAGAGUCCAUUGUCAGAGUGUCUUUUACCGCGUGUGUCCCCUGAAUCCUGUCUUUGUGGAGCCCACUCCUUUCUCCACCCUUCAUGUCUUUCAACUUAUUUCAGAUGCUCCUAACAUUCUUAAAACGUGUUGGUGGUUUUCUGCUCUCAGACAAAUAGAAUAUUGCCAACCAUCUCCUCAGCUGGUAUAACCUUUCCUUACAAUGCUGACACUGCCCAGCUCCCCUCGGGGGUUGCUACUGCUCCCCUCAGCUGGGCGAACAUUUUGGAGUAGAGGUUUGGGAGGAUCAUUCCGCAUAGGAGUGAUUAUGGGGAGAGUGUUUUGAAUGUUUUAAACCAAAGAAUUGGAAGGGCUUCCCAGGCUAGGAAGCCAGGUGGCUCUGGAGAGGAAAAGCUCCUUUCAAGUGAUAGGGGUGGUAGGGAGGACACUCCUAGCUCUGAGGGUGAAGACCAGGCUCUCCUACUUAGAUUAUUCCUGCGUGGGGCCACCUCAGUCCGGUUCCAUUCCGCUUCUAGCUGAUCCGCGCACUAUCGAGUGCCUCCAAUGCUCACUUCCGGCUGCUCCUGUUAAUCCACUGGGGGCUUUGGCCUACUUGUGGGUUGUAUUUUGCCCAUGAAGCUGGGCGAUGAGGCUUGACGUUGCAGGGAUCUCAGACUACUGCUGCUCUCCUCCCUGUGCCCCACCCCAGACAAUGGGGGCAUCACGCUCAGGAGGGGCCACUGUGCCUUCAUAUCCCAUCGGAGGGCAAUAAACUCGGGAGGAUGGUGGUCAGGUCUAACUACCUUUCCCCCAGGUUCUCUGAGACCCGGCUGUAGCAGGCUUCAAAGAGGGGGGUUAUGAUGAAAAGCCAGGCAGUGAGGGCCAGAUUCUAAAUCUGGCUCCCUGAUCCGGUGUUUGCAGCAUCCCUUACAAAAACCAACUACUCCGCCCACUCAUUUCUAUGCCACCCGCAGUGCAGGUCCUUCCCAGCAUUAGUGAACACAUCUCUGAAGUUCACCCCACCCGCCUCCUUUCCCGGAGGGUCUUCCUUCAGCAUCGAAGGCCACUGAUGAACUCUAGCCACCUGCUUUGUACUGAAUUUUCCUGCCCUUCCCACCGCUGGUCCUAUGACUGCCGAUGAAAAGGCCGGGUACCUCUCAUCUGCUCUCCUGAGUUUUGCCCUGGCUUGUUUUGAAUAAACCUUCAGUCUCCAAGUACAUCCCCAAACUCUGUCCUUGUUACACAUCUACCUCACAAUGUCACAGUUCACAAGGGAGCAAGCACCUGGUUUAGGGCCAUCUUUGAUUCUGUUCUCAGAUUAGGAAGCCAGGGGCUUGAGUUCACUAUCAAAUGAAAAAAAUCCUUGGUUAUUGUCCAUUUCCGUAAUGUCUUGGGGAUUUUUAGCUCAUUGAUCCCCCUCUCCAAGAGGUCCUGCUGUGGUAAGCCAGGGGUGUAGAGUGGGUUCUCACUGGUGUGGGGAGUUGCCUGCAGGAACACUGACAUCAGAGCAGAGCUUAGAAUUUAAGGGGAGGCGGCUUGGCUAGCCAUAGAGCUGAGGUCACCAAACACUAUCUAGAAGGUGGGAGCGAGCUGGCCAGUUUGAUGCAGUUACCACUCGAGUGCCCAGUUCAGACCGUUCAAGAUCAAGUGUCCAGGCUGGGGGGUGGUGAGACGAGUUCCGACUCCUCGCUUUUGGCCUUUCGGGGGGUGAAUGCUCUCAUCACCUAGGGCAGCAAGAUGUUUAAUUUAUACUCGCAUUUUGUACAUUUCUUUAUUCAGAGGUUUCUAGUUUUAUACUCUUCCACUAUCUAUGCCAAUGCUACCUUUCCAAAUGAUUCCUUUUCUGACCCUUGGUUUUCCCAUCCUGUCCCUAAAAUUCAGUAGUAUUACAUUUUUUAUCUAUUUCAACUGUUGUUUUGAAAUAAAACACAAAAGUCUG